AUGGAGGCCAUUGAAUUGUAUAGGAAAAGGAACAGAAAAGAACUUGAACAUAAAGCGAGUCAAGUGACAAAAGACAAAACGCUUCCAAAGCGCGUCGUUCAUCCGAUUCUUUCUGCCUUUGGUAAUGUCAGUCCUGUGCAGUAUGUACUUCUAGUGGUGAAAAAAGUAAAGUCAAGCGAACUUGAAGAAUCAUUGCUUGUGUUACCGUUUGACUAUGUUAUUGAUGUACUGAAACUUCUUCUUGAGUGGAUUAAGAAUGGUUGGGAAACAGAGUUAAGUUGUCGAUGUCUGUUCUUUCUGCUGCGAAUACAUCACAACAAGAUCAUAUCCACUCCUGAACUCCUGCCAGUAAUAGACUCUAUCAGAUCACAUUGUCGUAGCCGAGUUCGCGAAAUGAAGGAUACUGUUGGAUUCAAUUUUGCGGGACUACAGUUUAUUCAGAGACAGCUUGAGAAUCGUGACGUUACAUUCUUUGGUGAAACACGCAAAGAGACUGGGACAAAUACGAAAAAAGAAGAAGACGAUUGUGAGGAAAUUUCGAUAAAGGUUGUUUUGCUGUUGAUACUCUGA